AUGGCUGACAAAAGGCUUAACUUGUUUCCUACAGAUUGUAGCCUGAGGAAGAACAUCAAAGCCCCCGUGGAUGGCUCGUCCCUGUAUGCCUCUGCCUCUCCUGCUACACCCUCCUCCUCUGCAGCAGAGUCAGAGUCUCCCAAGACACCCAAGGUGGACACAACGGAGCUCAGGAGUGCCAUGAUGCAGGUAUUUGAGCUUCAGAAGAUGCAAGCGGAGGGAAACAUGACUGUCCAAGAUUCCAUCCAGAACCUGGAGAGACAGAACCUGCUGCUACGCACGCUUCAGGCCAAGGUGGAGGUUCACAGUAAGACCCUGGCCGAGGCUCAGCAGAAGAAGGUUCUUCAGGAGACAGAUGCCUUUGACAACACAGACUUCACUGUUCCCAAGUACCCCAUUGUGUCGCGUCUACAACUGGAGCAGUGUUUUACACAUCAGCACUCAUUCAACCAUCGUUGGCAGUUGGAACUGCAGAGACGACAGCACCAGCCUGCCAACAUGGACCCCCGUCUGGCCCAGGUCCCAGCCUUCCCACUCCAGCAGCACAGUGGCCAGCCCUCCGGCAGGAUGGGUCCCAUGCAGCCCACCUACCCCCACCAGAUGCACCCCCUCAGGCCGCACGCCCCCCACCCCCUGGGGCGGAACAUGCCCCUGGGUACUCAGUCCUCCCCUGUACCAGUCUCCAUGUCUUCACACCCCCGUCCUCCGAUGUACCCAGGCUCGUCUUACGGAGGAUCACUCCCAACGCCAUCUGGGUCCACUCCACCACAGCUGGGCUCAACACCGUCCUACUCACCCAGCGGGGCUUCACCUUACCUCCAGCAGACAGCCUCGGGGCCACAGGGGAGUUCUCGUCUGGGCAAGUUCCCGCUCUCCUCUCUACCACCCAACCAGAAAGCCAACGACCCCAGGCUAAGGAAACACUUAGAAGCGCUGCAGCCAAAAGUCCCUGCUGUGGCUAGAAGCAGCUCAUUGCCUUCUGCUCAGGGGAGUGCAGCUACUACCACUACUGUGACCUCCCCUCUGUUAAGCUCACCACUCAUCACUACAUCCUCUCCAGUUAUAACCAGUGAAAAGAAUGCACCCUCAGACUCCCCUAAAGCGGUUAGUACAGAGAAAGUUCCUCCGGCAAGAAGUCAUUCCCUUCCCGAACCCCCUGAAGCUCCAACGAGAACCCCUCCUGUUAAAAAGGAGCUACCACUGCCUCCGAAAGCUCCAGAGGCACCAGUAGUAGCACCAGCACAGGUUCAAGAAGAAACGGACAAGCCUAAAGUUGCAGAUGCAGUACUAACAGACAAGCAAAAGCCAUCUACUAAAGCCUCAGGCACAGCAAAGGGAAAAGAUACAGCUUUGCAGCCUAAGGCUGGGGUAGUGAGCAAUAUUCCCUUAGAGGAGAAAGAAGAAAUGAAGGCAUUUCUGGACACAGUCUUUGAGGAGACCCCGGCAGAAAGCAGGAUUUCUAGUGCAUCAGAGAUGAAGAAUUUCCUGGACACUGUUGUAAUAGGGAAGCCUCAGAAGGAAAAGCAGCCAAAGAAAAGAGAGAAGGAGAAAGAGGUGGUGACUCAGAAGAAGGUUCCUGAGAAAAGGAAAGAAAGACCCGAGAAGGAAAGGCUUCCUGAGAAAAAAAGGAUCCGAAUGCCGGAGGAAGAUAUAAUAAAGAGGUGCAUGCUGCCCAGCAUAAGUAACUUGACCAUUCCACGAAAGAAGCCUGCUCAACAGGAGAAACCAUCCGUGGUAGAAUACAACCACGGCGCCGGCUCUACAACCAUAGACUACCAACACGGCUCUUCCUCAGGGCCCAAAAUUAGUCCCAUGUCCAAGGUUGUAGACUACGGGCAUGGAAAAGAUAUAGUGGAACAGUCACUAGAGGAAGAAGAGGAUGCUGAUACCAGGAUGCAAGCCAUCGUAGUGGACUAUGGACACCAGCCUCCGGCUACAAGUCUUCUAGACUCCGAAAAACUAACUACCACAGACUCAGUUUCUAACACCGAUGGGAGCACUAGUAUUAUAGACGACCAGCAACACCCACCUGCUGGCAUAGACGAUAAAGUAGUGAUAGAGGCUCUGCAAAGUGCUGAUAUAGCACAAACCAGGCCUGCUGUUACCACCAAAGAUCCUCAAGAACAAGUACUAGAGCAGGAACAAGAGGAUUCAAAGUUAGACAGUCAGAAUGACGUUGAACCAGAAGAACAAGAGAGUGUACUUGAGGAAGAAGAGGAUGAAUUGACAGAGGCUUUCCUGUUCUGUAGAGAUGUGUCCUAUGGUGGUACAGACAGCUCCCUAACUGUGACGGUUAGAACGUUAGAUGAGGAAGAGGAGGAUGGGACUGUCUAUGAUGGCUUGACUGACAGUGAAGCCCUGGAGCUGAGUGUCGUCAGAGCAGUCUUUUCGCAUUACUAUCUGGGUGACCUGGAUCUUCAGGAGAAUGGAGAAGACUUUGCGGAACAUGUGCGAAACAGUAUCCACACUCUGCACACUACCAACCAGGAGGUCAGCACCGCGGACAGACAUGUGGUGGAAAAUGCUGACGCAGCAAAGGAGAAGGAAGAAGAGAACACCAGUGUACCCACUACUGAAAGCACAAACAAAGUGGUUGCUGAUUCUAAGACUCAGGACAAAGCCAAGAGAAAACCUGCUGCCACACCAAGUGAAAAGCCCACCUCUUCCUUCAAGCUACGUGGUAAGAACUACUACGAACCAUCCCAGGAUCUUGGCGAACUGAUGAAAGACCUGACCAGUCCGUCCUAUAAAAGGAGUUCUUCCCACCGGCCCGUGGAAGUAACAGUCUCCGAGCUUGUUCCCAGUCCCACCAAGAAGUUUGAGAAUUGCUCGGAGAAGUUUCGUCACUCCAGGGACACCCAUGACGACUCCCAAGAGCUUGAUUUUCACGCAGCCAAGGAGGCUGCCAGGAAACACAGCGAAAGCUCAAAUGUGCAACAGAUGCUGAGGUUGUUGGAUGAUGAUCUUAAAUCUCAUCAACAACAGGAAGGACAGGAAGAAUAUCAAGCUGAGCAGGACUUGUAUAAGGCAUAUGAGAAGGAGCAAGAUGAGCAGAAAGUUGUCAUUCCAGGACUAGGAGCCAAUGAUGACCAACUCAAAUGCCUGCAACCAAAAGGUGACGACCUUCAUGUUGCAAAUACAGGGCACUCUUGGUUAAGAGCUGCAGGAACAGGGAUCCAGUGUCGCACAGACAAGUUGGAGGAAGACCUAACCCUCAGCACCACUCAGGGCGCCCAGCGGUCCGGCCUGCUGCGUUCCACAGCCUCCGCCAUGUUGGACCCUCGUCUGAGCAAGAAGCUGUGCAGGCAGAAGCAGGGCAGCUCCUCCAGGUUCACCAAGACUCAGCAGAGGGAGCCCUGUGAUCUGCCUCUGCCCAAGUUUGCGGAAGACGUAAUGCACUGGCUGAAGGAAGAAACUGGCAUCAACAGAUUUGGCUUUGAAAGCAGUGUCAGAACUACAUCACAGCGAGGACAUGAGGUGACAACCAAUGUAGAUUCUGCUCACCGACAGAAGGACAUUUCCCCACUGUUAAAUGUGGAUGGCUCCACUGGGUCUCGUAAGGAAUCCCAGAGGAUCUCUCUCAGUGAAGUGAACGAGAAGGUGUCCUGGUGGUUGGAGAAGUUUAGACCAGGGCAGCAGCCUAGUGAAGCAGGGAAUGUCCAAGAAAAGGCAGUAACGUCAUCACUUGCUCCAACUGUUGAACUGAAAGCGGUUUCGUCUGCAGGAAUAUCAGAAAGCGCUGCUGUUUCAGACACUGUUGUCAAUAAACCGGAGGUCGAAGCUCAUAAUGAGCAUCUUUUGGAGAAGCGAGAAGCUACCACCAUUCCUACUCAAGAAAUCGCCAUUCCACUGCCAGACAUAAAAUCUACAGUUGUUACAACAGAUGUUGAAGCACCUGUGCCAGAAUCUAAACCUACUCCUUAUGACCAGACAUCUGAAGACAUUCAGAUGUUAGCACCUCCCACCUCUGACACAGCAGACUUGGACUUGCCACAGCGGGCAAAACUUGAGCCUGUUCGUGUGGAGUACAGGUCCGGGGUGGUGAAGAGAUCCAACUCAUCCUCACCUAUUGCAGUGGCUGUUAGUUCCCCUGUCCAUAUGGCACCAACGCCUCUAUCUCCCACCCACCAUGGCCCUGUUCAAACGUAUACACCAGUGUCUCCUGCUACAACAACAGCACCACCUACGUCAGUAACACCCCAGCAGAAACAUCCAGGUCUGUUAACAGAUCAGAACGUAUCGCUUCCUCAGAUGCCGUUGCAGCCACCAGGGCUUGUGAUCCCUUCCCUUUCAUUAACCAGAUUGAAACAUGAAACUGCAGCAGUCUCGGAGCAGCCUUGCGCUUUUGUAACAGCCACUGCGGUCACUGCAUCAACAACUGCAGCAUCCGCAGAGUCUAUUUUGCCUGCAGUUGAAGAGAAAGCAGGACAAGAUGAUGUUGAAACUGCAGCAGAGAAAGUUGCUGUUGCAGGUGACGAUUCUCUACAGACAGAAAAUGAAGUAGCCGCCACCUCAAUGCCUGCCGAAGCAUCCCUGUCCACGUCAGCUGAAGCAUCAAUUUCAACAUCUACUGAAAAAGGAAGGAAGUCCAACGUUACAAAAGACAAUGUUACUGAAGCAGCAGCAACCUCCCCACCUGGUCUGUCAUCUCCCGAGAAAGUUGAAGUGAAGAGCAGGGUGGAUGCAUCAGGGGAGAAAAAAGAAGAACCAACAGUUGUUGAGGCUCAGUCACCAAACAAGAUUCCACCAAAACAGCCUGCUGUCAUUAAGUCCCCUGCAGAAAUUAUUACAUCCAAGCCGGUGAAACCAGUGGUCGCUCGAAAACCCACCAUCGCUGAACUAGUGGUAACAAGGUUAAUGAAAGAGAAAGCAGGAAAAAAGGCGGGAAAGAAGGCGUUAAAGAAAGGUAGCAGAGCAAGUUCCCCAGUGUUCGAAACACAGGGAAAAGUGUUAAAGAAACCAGGUACGAUCACAAUAGCUAACUUGAAACAGUCACCAGUAGCAGCGUCAAAGGCAGCUCUAGCAAAGUCUGCAGGUGGAAAAAUCAAGUCCCCUGGCAAAAAGCUAGCCAAAGUUCAAAGCAGUGUCCACAAAAGUGCAAAGGAUGUUAUAAGUGAUGCAUAUCAUGACUUUGAGAAGGAGGUAUCUAAGACACUUGAGGAGAAAGGGCUCUCUGCCUUGGCUGUUUCAGUGUCGGAAGACUCACAAGGUUCUAAGGAUGCAGUACAAGUCAAACGCCUUUCUCGUCUCACCAGGUUCUCCCGGUUCUACCAGUCCUGCAAACAUGAUGUGAAGUACCCAGACAAAGUCAGGGAAACUCUUGUGGAUGCAGAUUAUGCAAUCAGACGAACAGAAAGGCAGAUGACCAGGAAAAUACAGAUGGAAGUGGAGAAAGAAAGAAACAGGCAGCAUGUCAGAGACACCUCGAGUGAAAGGACUCAUUCCAGUGUUAAGAGAGAAGCAAGCGACAAGAAAAAAGUAGCUGACACAGAGCACAAAACAGCAGGUGCAAUGACAACAGCAUCAGAAGCUGGUCAUAAGCGGGAAAACAAAAAAGAAGAGGGAUGUAGUCAUCAAAGGCAUGGUAACACAGAAGCAACUGUGUACUUUGCCAUGCACAACUUGCAGCAGAAGACUAAUACCAUGCUCCAUGACAGCAAUGAUUCGUGUCCCAUGACCAAUGACAUUGACCUCACAUUCAGUAAAGGAAAGCAUCUAAAGCUUUCACAGAGACCUGCAAGUUAUGUCGACUCAAAGAUGGCAAGGAGAAUUGAUGACGUUGUCAUGGACUCCCUUGUUCCUCUGCCCUUGCCAGAAAGGUACGCACCUAACGUUCCUCUCCACAACCAGGAAAGUUCUUCUGAUGAAGUGAUGACACCACCAUUGUCACGAGAUCACGACCAACCAGACACGUUGGGAGAAACAAGAGCCCCUUACUUGCCACAGAGUCAGGCACCAAUACCAGAUCCAGCCUCUGCUGCCUACAAAGUAGAGAUACCUGCAGACGUUCCAGAACUGGCGGACGAACCAGAAGCCCCGGCACCUCCUACUUUCGUAAGGCCGCUAAAGGCUAAGCUCAUACCUAAUCGUCAUCAACAUCAAAACCAAAACAUGUCUGGAUCCGGCAUUGCCACAGUGGACAAAGGUUUCUGAUGCAGAAGUCAAGCCAC